GUACUACACUUGCCACUAGAAAAAGUUUUAGUACAAAAAUCCAUGAUGCGCCUUCACGCAGUCUAUCACCGCACCGCCUCUCUCCUCUCUCUUUCUGUCUCAGCUCUCUCGCCACCUCCCACUACCCAUUCCAUUCUCUCCUCGCUCACCCCUCCCGUCAUCCUCAGGCUCUGUCCCCUUCGGAGGGCUGUCAGGUCCAUCAAGACUGCCUCCGCCGCCAUGACCGCCUCUAGAUUGAGCAAUCUCGUCCCUGUCAACGCCGUCGCCGGAGAAGACGGCGGGGUUGGCUCUAAUGGCGCCGCUUCUUCUUCUACUGCCGCUUCUCCAACUGAGAAUGAAGACGAUUCGGUGCUGGGAUUAGGGUAUUGUCUUCCUCCGCCAGAGAUUAGGGAUAUUGUGGAUGCUCCGCCGCUUCCUGCAUUGUCCUUCUCGCCACAUAGGGAUAAAAUACUGUUUCUCAAGCGGAGAGCUCUGCCUCCACUGGCAGAGCUAGCGAGACCGGAGGAAAAGUUGGCCGGUAUUCGUAUUGAUGGAAAGUGUAAUACUAGGAGUCGGAUGUCAUUUUACACGGAUAUAGGAAUUCAUCAGUUGAUGCCUGAUGGUACACUUGGGACCGAGAAAGAGUUACAUGGGUACCCUGAUGGCGCGAAGAUCAAUUUCGUUACAUGGUCGCAAGAUGGUAGGCAUUUAGCAUUCAGUGUCCGGGUUGAUGAGGAAGAAAAUAGCAGUGGUAAGCUUACAGUAUGGGUUGCUGAUGUGGAAACAGGGAAGGCUAGACCUUUGUUUCAGUCGCCUGAUAUCUAUCUGAAUGCGGUUUUUGACAAUUAUAUUUGGGUUGAUAAUUCUACUCUGUUAGUUUCCACCAUCCCAUUGUCUCGUGGAGGCCUACCAAAUAAACCUUUUGUUCCUACUGGCCCAAAGAUACAGUCCAAUGAGCAAAAAAACGUUAUUCAAGUUAGAACCUUCCAGGAUUUGCUAAAAGAUGAAUAUGAUGAAGAUUUGUUUGAUUACUAUGCAACUACGCAACUUGUAUUAGCUUCUUUAGACGGGACAGUGAAGGAAAUUGGCCCACCAGCUGUGUAUACAUCGUUGGACCCCUCUCCAGAUGGGAAAUACCUCAUGAUUAGUUCAAUUCACAGACCGUACUCUUUCAUUGUACCAUGCGGAAGAUUUCCUAAGAAGGUAGAUUUGUGGACUGCUGAUGGGAAAUUUAUUAGGGAACUUUGUGAUUUGCCCCUUGCCGAGGACAUUCCCAUUGCAUUCAAUAGUGUGCGGAAAGGGAUGCGUUCUAUCAAUUGGAGAGCAGAUAAGCCAUCAACACUUUACUGGGUAGAGACACAAGAUGGAGGUGAUGCAAAAGUGGAAGUUUCUCCACGUGAUAUAAUUUAUACACAGCCUGCUGAGCCACUAGAAGGUGAACAGCCGGCGAUCUUACACCAACUUGAUCUCCGUUACGGAGGUAUUUCCUGGUGUGAUGAGUCACUGGCUCUAGUUUAUGAAUCUUGGUACAAGACACGGCGAACAAGAACCUGGGUGAUUUCUCCUGGAUCUAAAGAUGCUAGUCCACGCAUCCUAUUUGAUAGGUCAUCAGAAGAUGUGUACUCUGAUCCUGGCUCUCCAAUGUUGCGGAGAACUCCUGCUGCAACUUAUGUGAUUGCAAAGGUAAAUAAGGAAAAUGAUGAAAACACUUACGUUUUACUGAACGGAAGUGGUGCUACACCAGAAGGGAACAUUCCAUUCCUUGAUUUGUUUGACAUAAAUACAGGCUGCAAAGAACGAAUAUGGCAGAGCGACAAAGAGAAAUAUUACGAGACUGUUGUUGCUUUAAUGUCUGAUCAGAAAGAAGGGGAUUUGCGACUCGAUCAGUUGAAAAUACUGACUUCGAAAGAGUCGAAAACUGAGAACACUCAAUACCAUAUCCUGAGCUGGCCAGAGAAGCAAGCAUGUCAAAUUACGAAUUUCCCUCAUCCCUACCCACAGCUGGCAUCAUUGCAGAAAGAGAUGAUCAGGUACCAGAGAAAGGAUGGGGUGCAACUGACUGCAACAUUGUACCUGCCACCAGGCUAUGAUCCAUCAAAAGAUGGUCCUCUUCCUUGUCUGGUUUGGUCUUACCCUGGUGAAUUUAAGAGCAAAGAUGCUGCUGGACAAGUUCGAGGUUCUCCUAAUGAAUUUGCUGGUAUAGGACCUACAUCACCCCUUCUUUGGCUUGCUAGAAGGUUUACUAUUCUAUCCGGACCAACAAUUCCUAUUAUUGGUGAAGGCAAUGAGGAGGCAAAUGACAGUUAUGUAGAGCAGUUGGUCUGGAGUGCAGAGGCUGCAGUUGAGGAAGUUACCCGACGUGGAGUGGCUCAUCCAAACAAAAUUGCUGUUGGGGGACAUUCCUAUGGUGCAUUCAUGACUGCAAACCUCCUAGCACAUGCCCCGCAUCUUUUCCGUUGUGGAGUUGCUCGCUCUGGUGCUUACAACAGAACACUUACUCCUUUCGGUUUCCAGAAUGAAGACAGAACUCUUUGGGAGGCCACAAACACUUAUGUGGAGAUGAGUCCUUUCAUGUCCGCUAAUAAAAUUAAGAAGCCAAUAUUGCUUAUCCAUGGAGAAGAAGAUAAUAAUCCUGGAACUUUAACAAUGCAGUCAGAUCGUUUUUUCAAUGCUCUGAAAGGUCAUGGUGCUCUUUGUCGCCUAGUGAUUCUUCCAUUUGAGAGCCAUGGUUAUGCUUCACGGGAAAGUAUCAUGCAUGUCCUCUGGGAAACUGAUAGAUGGUUGCAGAAAUAUUGUGUGUCAAAUACUUCUGAUGUAAAAGCAGAUAUUGACGCAUCUAAACAAGAUGUAAGCAAAGAGGCAACAGAUUCCGAAAGCAAAGCAGCUGUUGCUAGUGGAGGUGGUGGUCCAGAGGUGUCAGAUUUUGAACAUGAAGGAUUUUACUCUAUGCCAAGGUCAUCAUUAUGUGUAGAUUGAAUUGCUUAUCAUUGGCCACCAGGGAGUGAAGUUGGAGCAUGAAUAUGGUAUACAAAUCGACGUCGGAACAGCACAGGCACACAUCAAAUUUAUGUGCUUGAACAUUGCUUAAUUCAUAACUGAGACCUGAAAUGUCAUUCGAUCCCCGUGGUGUUUCGUAAAUUUGAUGGUUCUCCUCAUGGGAUAUUAAUAUGAAAAUUUAAUGUCCAAAGUGUAAUUCAUAACUGAGACUUGAAAUGUCAUUUGAUCCAAUGUUGCGGCAUUGCGUAUGAUGAGUUAUGGAUUCAUAUUAGUUGUAUGUUCAUAAAGCUCUUGUUUCAAAUUA